CCUUAAAGCCUCGGAAGUGUCAUUUUUGGACUUGAGCAAAACUUCAUCAUAUCCAGCGGCGGCGGUGUGGCGGCGGCUUCGAGCUGAUUCACAAGUUUCAGGACGAAAUGGCCACCAGAAAGCACUAAAACAGGAGGCGGGAGGAUGUCUGUGGAGGUGGACGUACUGCUGCAGGAGGCGAAAGAAAGCAUCGAGGCGGCACAGAACUACCGCAGUGAACUCCAGCAGCGGCUGCAUGGGCUCAACCAGGCCCGUAAACAGGUGCGGGGAAGCUCGGGUCAGGCCCGCGAGGCCCUCCGGAGGCACUUCUCAGAGCUGCAGACGGCAGCUACUCGGUUGCUGACGGAGCGGCUGACCACGCUGCUGGCUGAGGUGGACGCCAUCGAGGCCGAGAGCGUCAAGCCGCUGGAUGACUGUCAGAGCCUCAUCGAGCACGGGGUGGGCCAGGCCGACGAGCUGCUGAGAGAGGGGGAAGCAGCUCUGCGUUGUGGUCUUGGGGAGAAGGAGGACAAACUGGGCAGUUUCACCAAGAAGGCGAUGCACAUCCAACUGGACAGUUUACCAGAGGUACCAGCGUUGGUGGAUGUGCCGUGUGUUUCAGCCCAGCUGGACGACUCUCUGCUGGGCCUGCUGAGGGACCGGGUCUCCCGCCACGGCUCCGUCUCCUCCCACCCACCCGUCCAGAUAGAGGAGCUGCAGGAGAGACCGGGCGGCAUCCUGGUCCGCUGGUGUAAGGUGGACGAGGACUUCGCAGCGGCAGAUUAUCGGCUGCAGCACCGGCGGUCCGGCAGCGGGGGGAGCCAGUAUGAGGAUUCCUACAUCGGGCGGGACUGUGAGUUUCUGGUCCUGCACCUGGACCCUCACACAGAUUAUCUGUUCAGGGUGUGCGCCCGUGGCGAGGGUCGCACCGAGUGGAGCCCCUGGAGCAUCCCACAGACGGGGUACACCACGCUGGCACCGCACGAGUGGUGUCCGGGCACUGAAGGCUACAUCCUGAGCAGCAGGAGAAACAUCGCCCUCCGCAAUGACUCCUCCCAGUCGCGCUGCCCCGUCCUCUACUCCAACGCACCCACCUACUUCUGUGGCCAAACACUCACCUUCAAGAUCUCAGCAGCAGGACCCGUGGACCGGAGGGACAGUCUGGGCGUGUGCGUGGACAGCGAGAAGGGGGCGGAGUCACUUCAGAGAGACCAGGCCGUCUGCAUUUCCACUAAUGGUGCUGUGUUUGUGAACGGUAAAGAGAUGACCAACCAGCUGCCCGCCAUCACCACAGGCUCCGCCGUGACCUUUGACAUGGAGGUGGUCAACCUGUUCCCGAUCAGCAACAACAACCUGAGCGAGGGCGGCAACUUCAAGCUGAGGGUGACCAUCGGCUCAGGGAACAGGGAGGUGGUGUUUGAUUGGCUGGUGGACCAGGCGGUGGACUGCCUCUUCUUCGGCUGCUCUUUCGUCCACUCCGGCUGGAAAGUGCUCGUGUUUUAAAAAGAGCAAAGCGAGAGUGGAUCCUUCAGUCUGCUGGAGUUCAGGAGCUCCUCACUCAGGCUCCGAUUAUCUUCUGUUUAAUCAUUUCUUUUUUUUUUUUUUCCUUUUACAUCUGAAGCACUUGCAGGACGCCUGCAGAGUCUGGAAAAAACAGGAAAAUCAGGCAUUUUCUUCCCAGAGUUUCUUCCGUGUAACAACAGCUAACGUUCAGAGAUAUCUCUGGUCAGCAGCAGCUGUUCACAGUAUUCAUCAGUAUUCAUCCACGCAGCCUGGAAAUCCUGCGCUCCUGUCAUGUACCUUUCCAAACAGUUCCUGGGACAGCGGGACAAAACUGACCAGCAAAUCACCAGCUGCGAGCUCCCGAUGAUGAGACGCUCAAACAGAAGAAAUGAAACACAGCAGGCUGUUAAACAGACUCCUCCAUCCUACUGCUGCAAAACAUAUUUCCUCUGGAGCACAGUGAAGAGGGAGCUGAUGUUUGUUUGGAGAAGAGGUGAAACUGCUGACGGUGCUUCAGAGGGAACACGUCUGCAGACGACUUUCAAAGACUGAUCAGAGUUUAAACAGCAGCUUGUUUCUCUCGCUCCAGAUGUGACUGAUCAGUCAGUGUCCUGAGACAGAAAGAGAUGUGGACCAUUUUCUCAGACUGAGCCGACUUUCAAUUUUCAAUCACCUGAAACAGUAAAAACCAUAGAAGUUAUUAACGUCUGCAGAAUCAGUCAAAAAGCUGAGCUGUUACCUGUGCAGGUAACGAGAGCUAACUCAUCUCCUUCUACCUUAGGACAGGAACGAAUCAGUCGCCCCACAGAUGUUUAAAUAACACCUGGAAGUCGACUAACUACAGUCCUGUCACUGAGCCGUGGCCCGGUGACGCUCCCUGAAGCGAGCAGUAAGAAAUAAUAAAUAAGGUGAAGGUCAGUGGAGAAGCUGGUUUCUGACCUGCUGCUCUAAACGUACGUUCACGCUGCAUUUCUCCGGUUUAAGUCGAGCUGAUUGUCUCGCUGUUCGCUGGUGUCACUGUGACCUGCUUCCUCGUGUGCCUGUAAACGACCUGACUCUGACGGGACGGGGGGACGUGUCUGAUCCUGAUUUUUCCAGACCUCUUUGCGAACCCUGUGGAUCCUCUCCACACUCCUGCUGCGUCUCUCGAGCAGCAGUGAUCCGGCUCCUCUUCAGGUCCUCAGGGAGCUGUGUUUGGGAGGAUCGAUGUUUGUGUCGACGAUUCUUGGCUUUUAUUUGUUUGGUUUUAGUUUGGUUGUCGGGCCUUCGUCUAAGGUCGGCCAUUGUUUACAGCUGUUUCUGUUUUGUUUUUAUUUGCCUGUUUAUCUAUGCAGCAUCUUCAUUUAGCCACAGCAACAGUUUGACACGUCUGUAGAGGAACACACAGCGUGAGGCCACAAGAUGAAAUAUUUUAGUCUUUUUGACUCGUUACAAUCUGCCGCUGCCUCUUUAAAAGGUUUAAACUGCUAAACCUGCUGGUGUUUUUAUUCUUGAUUAGUUUAUUUUAACAAACGUCACUGUGAAAGACACACCUCCUCUUGUGUUUUUUCUUUGUCUCCUAAAACUGUUCAGCAGGCGUUUAAAGGGACAGUUCACCAAAAACAACAAACCUGAGCGUCAUCUGCAUGUCUGAAGAUCUGGAGAAAAACCAAACAACACCACAAACUACAGAUGAGUCUGAUAUGGAUGUAGAUGGAUAAUUGUGUCUCACCUAAUAACAGCAACUGCAUUUGUCUUGUUUGUCGCACACAUACUAAGAAGCAGCAGGAGCAGUGAAUUCACUUCUUCCAGUAAAAAACCUCAAGUAUUUAAAAAACCUACAUUUCAUUUUCAAAAGUCUGAGAUAUGUUUUCUCUCCUGCUGCUUCUUUUUCUUGUUUUCAAUUCAUCAGUUCAAACCUUUACUGUUGUAUGUGAUGGAAACAAAAUAACCAACAAAUGUUUGACAUUUCUGCUUGAAAAUAAAAUAAAGAAUAAUAUUUUUUAAUCCGUUAAUCCAUCCAUCCAUCCUGCUGCUUAUCUAGAUCCAGGUUUUAUUGAGUUUUAUUUGAAAUUAUAAUUUUCUGUGGCUGGGAAGCACUAAAAUGUGAAUACCUGUAUUCCAUAUUGUUGGUGUUAAAUACAGUCUGGACUCUACAAACAUCUGAGAGGAAAGUUUCUUUUGUCUCCGUCGCAGCUUCAUACCUGAGUUCAUCAGAAGCUUGAGAAAUGUUUGGAAAUGGAGAAUUAGACCCACAGCAGCUCAGCUUUUUAUUAUUUUAGUCACAUUUUUUCUGUUAGUUAUUAUUUUCCAGCCUCUUAUCUCUGGGUCAUGGUUAAAGUAUUUCAUUAUUUCAACGUUAGGAAGUGCUUUUUUAAUGUUCUAAUUAUGUGGAGAUAGCGUGUCCUGUUCUCACAGAAACCGCCAACCAAAAUAAAAAUGUGGUUGUAAGCUUUGGAAAUGACUCAUAAAUAAUAAUAAUCCUCUGAGGGAGCUGAAACUCUGAACUCCGGACAGACAGGUGGCGCUGCAGACAUUCACUUUGUUUUUGGUUGAACUGUUUCCUGUAAAUCAUCAAGCUGUUACUCUUUGUUUUUAGCUUUUUUUUUUUUGUUGCAUUGACAAUCCUAACAGUAUUCACAACACCUGCCACCUGAAUGGGAGGACGAGAGUUUGAAUUAUAAGGAGCACAGAUUUGAGAGAUGGUCUCUGAUAAUGUGAGUUUACACAGUCUGACUUCCUCCUGUAUGAGGCUGCUGUUCAUGCUGUUUGAUAUGAGUGGGAUUAAUGUGAGGAGACGAUUUAACUUCUUCUGUGGUGAUAAAAAGACGUGUUUGAUCUGGAAACAACAGAAAAAUAAGUGGAUCCUGUAGAAUAUUUGAACUGUUUGUAACCAAGGCUGCAACUAAUCAUGAAUGGUUUUGACAGAAAAUAGUGAAAAUGCCUGUGAUGUCUUCAAAUGUCUUGUUUGUUCAACCGCCUUUCCAAAACCUCAGAGACUGUCUUAACCACAUUUCAUCUUUUCUGAUAUUAUUUUUUCACUCAGCUCUCUUAACAAAUGUUUCCAGAGAUGUUUCCUUGUUUUUCUGCUGAUCUGAGGUCAGCGUUUUGUCUUUGUGGAGGACAGUUGAACCCUGGCUGGGUCCAGCUGAUGGUACAAAUUUCCUGGAACCAGUGAACAGAACCUCAUAGAACCCUCCUCUCAUCUGAAAGAGGGAAAACUAAGAGACUGAACCACGUUAAAGCACCUGUUUGAAGCGUUUGACAGUCAAAACAGCGACAUCUGCUGGUCAAAGCUUUGCAUUGCAUUUGUUUUCACUGCUGUCAUCCUUGGUAUUUUGUUCAAUAAAGAUCAUAUUGUGUAAACUGA